CAAGACUUAACCACUCGGUCAAUAAAUCGAAAGUAACGAACAAAGUGCUCUUUUCGAAAACAAGUUCUUAAAAAUGCGCUAAAGGGAGCAGAAACUUAGCUAAAAUAUGAAUAUAAACUGUGUUAUUUGUUCUGAUUUAUUCAUUCCUGCAGAUAGUGUAUUUUCUACUCAAUGUGGACAUAUUUUUCAUCAUGCUUGUCUUAUACAAUGGAUGGAACGAAAAAAGGACUGUCCGCAAUGCCGUCAAAAAUGCACUGAAAGAAGCAUAUUUAGGAUAUACUUUAAUACAACAAAUCUUGAUUCAAGCAUAAACUCUGCAAAUCUCAUACAGACCGUUGAUAAUCUUACAUUUAAAGUAAGAGAGCAGGAUAUAUCGCUUCGAAAGAUAGAAGAAGAAAGAAGAAAACUUGAAGAAAAUUUACAGACCAAAGAGAAAAAAAUUAAGAGCUUGGAUGCGUCUGUAUCUCAUUUUAAUCAAGUAAUUUCUACGAUGAAACACGAAAGAGAUAUGCUAACUAAUCAACGAAUGAAUUACAAAGUUAUUGAAGCUGAAAAUUUGGAACUGAAAGCUAAACUUAAUUUAUUACAAACAAUAGAGAGUAUUAUGACGGCUUCACAAAAAGAAAUAGAUGAUAUAAUGAGACAAAACUUGAGUUCAAAAGAUUUGACUAUGAUGCUGGGAGCAUUAAGGCGCGAAUUGAAUAAUACAGAAAGUAGAAAAAAUGAAUUGAGGAGGCAGUUGCAGACUGUUAGAAAUGAUUUACGAUCUGAACAGGAAGAAAGAAAAAGGCUUGAAGAUGAAUUAAGUAAAUUGGAAAGUGAGAAUCAUUUGAUUUUGAACAAAAUUAAACAUGUAAAAAGUGAUCAAAAUAUUGCACCUAUCGAAGACUGUGAUACACCAGAAGUAGUUAAAAAGUCACGACAAGCUUUUCUUAAAAUGGACAGUCAAAAUACGCCAUCUCCAUUGAAUGCAGAGGAGUUCAAUAAGAGGAUUCAGAAUAUUCAAGAUUCUAAUUCACCAUAUUUUAAAGUUAAGAAAACUAGUAUUGGUUUAGCACCUAUUCUCAAGAAUCCAAAGCAGCAAAAGAGAUCCUUAACUAGACCAUCAAGUAAAGAUGUUGCAAAAUUGUCGAUCUUCAAAAAACCGAGACUUGCACAUGAUUCAUUUCCAAAGUUAAGUAGCGAUAUUUUCUAUAACGGAAUCGGUGGUACAUCAAAAAUUUUGCAAUCUGAUUUGACAACGAACUCUCACGAGUUGUCCAAAGACUACCCAUGAAAUAAAAGU